AUGAUAUCGUCCUAUAAAGGUCAUUUAGAAGUCACUGAUUACUUAUGCAAAAUGGGAUGUGAUUUGAAUCGAAGCAACUAUCAGGCUGUAACAGCGCUGCAUGCAGCAGCCGCAGAAAAUCACUUGCUUAUUGUUCAAUGUCUUACUAAGAAUGGAGCAAUUAUCAAUAAAAAUUCGAAGGGAUUGACUCCAUUAUCGGAGGCGGCUAUGAAUCUAAAUUUAUCGAUUGUUGAUUACUUUACAGACGAUACAUUGAAUUUAUUCUCACAAUUACAGUGCAUUGAAGCGUUCGAAUUACUCGCCACAUCAUACGCGGGUUACUUCGUCGAUAAUUCUAAUAUAGAGAAAAUAUAUGAGUAUUUGCUGAAAGCAAUGCAGUUAAGAUAUUCAGAUCCGAAUAAACCGAUUCUGAAGAUUGUCUUACCUCCAUCAGAAAUGUAUGAAAAUCAUAUUGAAUGUAAUACAUUAGAAGAACUUAAAUUAAUCCAAUUCAAUGUUGAUUCCUUAUUCAUGGAAACAUUUGUUGUUCGUGAAAGAAUUUUAGGAUCACAACAUGAAGCAUUAAUUCCUAAUCUUUUGUACAUAGGAGCUGUUUAUGCUGAUCAAAAGAAAUUCGAUCGAUGUUUCUCACUGUGGUUACGUGCACUAGAUGUAAAAAAGUCGAACAGUGAGUUGAAAAUCGACGAUUUCCUAAGAUUUGCCGGAGUAUUUGACGAAAUGUACCAUGAGGAUGGUGGUGAUUUUCCUUUUAAUGUAUAUAUGGUUGUUCUGAGAAAUAUUAUUCAAGAACUAAUAUCGAUGAAAUAUAAAAGUAAAAGCUUCAAUUUAUUGACAGUAUUAUAUUUGAUUGUUAUCAUAGCAAAGGUCAUGAUAUUGAAAACAACAAAUGAAAAAAUAGAAAUAUGCAACCUAAUUUAUCAUUUAAAUUCUUAUAAUUUUAAAACUGACAAUGGAUCUACAUUGUUACAUCUUUGUGUGAAUGAAAAUACGCCGGUGAACACUAUACAUUUCAAAUUUCCAUGUUCAUUUGGUGCAAAGUUAUUGAUUGACAAUGGUGCAGAUGUAAAUGCUGUGGACAGAGUUGGAAAUACACCAUUACAUAUAAUCGCUCGCUCCGAUGAAUGCACUAAUGAGAAUAGAAAUGAGAUGUUGACAAUUGUAAGCGAUUUAAUUCAUAAUGAUGCACAUAUAGAUACUGUGAAUGACGACGGACAAACACCCUUGGACUGCGCACAGGUUGAACAAAUGAGGCUUAUCUUGCGAUCCCAAACAAAACUGUCACUCAAGUGUAUUACGGCUCGAACUGUGAUUAUGCUUGAUUUGAACUAUUCUAAACAUUUGUCGAAAGCAUUGAUCGACUUUGUUAAAUUGCAUUCAAUAGUGAACAAUAUUAAAAAUUUUCGUUUUUUACUUAUACUCUCUAAUGUGCUCAAAUAUUUUUGGGACGGUUAUUAA